CGUCCCGUCCCGUCCUGUCCCGUCCCGGCUCGGCCCGGCCCGUCCCGUCCCGUCACGCCGCCCUUCCCGGCUGGCCCGGCCCCUCGACGGGAAGUGGAGCGAGGGGGCCGUGCUGGGGCGGCCGAGCCAUGGCUGUGUCCGGAGCUCCGCUGCYCUGUCCGCUCCUGCUCGCCGUGUGCUGGCUGCUGGCCGCGGGGACRGCGGCAGGRGCAAAAAUUCUUCCACCUCCAUCCAACUUGAACUAUUCAUUUAUCCAUAUCUGCACUCUGAACUGGACGUGGAACCCCCCUGAGAAUGUCAGCAGUAGCUGCAACCUGGAGUAUUCCAGUGACAUCGUCAGUAAUGGGGCUCCUGAGGACAGAAGAGAAUGGAGUAAGAGUCGCUUCCGUGUCACRAAUGCGCGCCUGAACGAGGAAACGCGCCUCAGAGUGAGAAGUGAGUGCAAGAAUGACAACAGCAGCGAGCCCAGCCCCUGGGUGGAGACCUCCCUUCCACCAAAAGGUAUUCCAGGUACUGGAGCUGUUGAUUUGAGCUGUGUUUGGCACAAUUUAGAGUACAUGGCUUGUACGUGGCGCGCCGGGGAGAACGCGAGCAGCGACACCAACUACACAUUGUUCUACUGGUUUGAUGGUUUGGAAAACCCUAAGAAGUGUAGCAACUCUUCUGUAGACCAAGGAAUCUUUGGAUGCAUUUUCAGUUUUACCUUCCCAAAAGUCAGCAGUACUUACCCAGCUAUAAGUAUUUUGAUUAGAGAUGAUUCUGAAGAUAUCAGGCCUGUGUGUGCAAGUAAAAAUCCUACCACCCUUGUAAAACCUGCUACACCAAGACAAUUGACAUUGUCAAAGACUAAUGAUAGAAUACUUGUAAAAUGGAGUGAAUCAGAAAACUUUCCAAAAAGUUGUUUGUAUUAUGAAGUUAAAUGGCACAAUGGUGAUUUGGACAUUGAUCAUCAGAUAAUUCGAUCUGAAGUGAAUUCUGUGUCAAUUGAUGUUGAUGCUAAYAGCAAGUACACAUUCCAAGUGAGAGCGAGACCAAAGCCUGARUGCUACAACAGCGAUUUGCACAGUGACUGGAGUGAAGAAAAGAGCAUCGGUGAGAAGAGGGACUCUACAGUCUAUUUGGUUCUGAUAAUCACCAUUCCAUUGAUAGUAGCAGUAUCUACAAUAAUCCUACUAGUUUAUCUAAAAAGGCUGAAGAUAUUAAUUCUUCCACCUAUUCCGGACCCUAGAGAAAUUCUUAAGCGCAUGUUUGGAGAGCAGAACGAGGACUCCCAGGGCUCUGCAAAGGAUGAUCCCAUGAAUACUUACAACAGGUUAAUUAUAGAAGAAGAAAUUCAUUCUUUAACUUUCACAGAAACUUCAGUGAGCACUAAUCCUGAAAAAGCAAACAGGUAGACUCUGCUUUAUCAGUGCAAGAGGAGGAAGCUGAUUCCUGCUCCCAUACCUCAGGUGACUGUAGAUGUGAAGAGGACUGUGAGACCUUSACCGGCUCUGACCUCACUGAGCCCUUCCCUGGUGCACAGAAGAUGCAUCACUAAGAGUGGCCRUUCUUCCAUCUCUGCCAGAAAUACUCAUCUGAGCUCAGUGGAGAAGAGCAUGUACAUAAUUCCAUGUGACUGCAGUGUGGCUUUCCUGUCCUGGCUUCAGCCAGCUCUGUUACUUGUCACUUGCACUUGUGUUUGUGCCUCACACCAGACUGUCAGGGUUUUUUUUUUUUCUUUUUUGGAGCAAGCACUGUGACUUCCCUGAAGUAUUUGGCUCUGUGCAGCAGGUGAGAUGAGGCUGGUUUACAGCUGAUGGUUUGUUAGUGCUCCCAUUGGAGCUGCUGCCRGGUGGGGUGCAGGGUGUGGAGUGUUGGUGGAUGACCCUUUGUGUGUUUGUGUCUGAGCUGGGCUCUCUCUGAGAGUCCUUAUGGACUGACCACCUUGUGCUUCUGGUUGAUGUGCAUCAGCUGGGGCCUGGUCAAAUCCCACACAAGAAGGUGUUUCUUUCUUGGAAAAGGGGUAUGAAAAGCCUCUCUGCUUUCCAGCAGGUAUCCAGAAYAUUCAUUGAAAAGGCUUAGUUUUGUUAUCCUGUCGAUUGUCUGUCCUCAGAUGCCUUUAUGGACUUCUUGGGUUAWUUACACUUUGUUUAAAAUGAGAAAUAGAACUUUUUACUUGUGCUGUACAGUGGCAGAUAACUGUAUUAAGUCUCACCAGACUGUGAUGUUACUUUGGCCAUAUUGGCCUGAAGACAACUGGUUUUUAGAAGCUAAGUCCACCUCAGUCUGUCCAGCAAAAAUACCAGGGUGGAUACAUGAGUCUUAGGAGUUGUGGUCAACUGAUCAACAGAAGUUAAACCACUGAAACCCAACUAAUUCAAAGGCUGUUAGACCCAUCCUUACUGCCAAGCUGAUGGAUUUGGGGGAAAGACAAUGAGAACCUUGGUCUGUUAUCUAAGGGAUAAGUUUUAUUCUUUCUGUAGUGAUGAGACUCUGAUUUGAGCUUCUCCUCUAGGACUUCGCAAUAUAAAACAAGGUGCUGAUGUGAUUUAAAAGAAAAACUUUCUUCUAUAUUUUACUUCAACAGUUCGAGGGKUUUUUUUUGUCAUUGUUUUGUUCAUUCCUUGAUGGUUUUGUUUUGAGCAUGCUUUACCCAGAAAAGYUCAGCAGAUGUUUUCUGGCCCAACUGUGACGUUUUUCUGCUCUGAAUUGUGAACAUUCGUUUCUAUCCUGURCUGCAAGGGUGGUAACAGUGGUACCUUGAUUGUGCUGGAGGAAGAAGGUAAGGUAUUGGGGAGAAGAGGAUCCAUGGAAACCCUUUAAGGUUAGUGCUCAGGGAUUUCUUGCUCCUUCCUGCUAAGGGCAGACCUGCGAGUCAUGGACAUAGUCCCAUCACUGGGAAGUGAUCUCCUGAUAAGUUUUCUAGGAGCAAACAUUAUAGUCCUUAACCUUUUACAAUUCAUUCCUGACUUCAUACUCCAUUCAGUCAAAAAUGUGAAAUUAAAUGCUAAAUUUUUAGGACAUACUGUUCUGUAAGUAGUAGAACAAGUGCCACAUGCUUUUAAGAUACGAAUGUGCAUCCUUUAUGCACUUAUGUAGUCCCUCCUUAUCAAGAAAUCCAAUUAUUUCCCCAGUCCCCACUGAGCCUCUCAAAUACAGCUUUUUCCAUGUUUCUUAUCCACCUUUUUUAAUGGUAGAAAUGGUAGAAAGGGGAAGAGAAAUGUAGCAGAACUAGCAGACCCCCAAUUAGCAUUUAUCUUUUAGCUAUAAUCAGGCUAAAAAGCCCCCAACAUUAUAAAAAUGAAUAAAUAAAAAACAGAUAAAAUUAAAUGGAUAAAAUGAAAACAAAGCCUCAGGGAUUUCAGUGAGAUAAAACUCAAGUUUAUACAAAGUCAGCUAGUAGAACUAUCUGAAAUUCCAGAGAUAAAGGAAUAGCAUGAGGGAAAGAGCAAUUAAAUUCCUGUGCCRACUUCAUAUCCUCUGCCCUGCAAAUUUAUGUUAUUAUAGUGACAAAUAUUUCUUCAAUCUACCUCAUCUAGAACGUUGUUCAACGCAGACCACUAGACAAACAGAAAUGUUUUCAAGAUAGGUAAGCAUAACCGUGUAAUGUAAGGUUUUGUGGCUUUCAACAGUGCAAUCUAGGAAAAUCAGUACUUWGCCCUAAAUUUUCCUGACUUUUGUGCUGGUGUCCGUAAUAAACGCAACAUUUAUUUGCUUUAAAAAAAAAAAMCAGCAAAAAAACCCCUUAACAAAUUUGUUAAGGUAGAAGAGUGGGGAAAAAAACAAGGUCAAAAGGAAGAUUUAAAUGCAAAAGGUGGUUUAAAUCAAUAUAUCGAAAGGUUUUGAAUGACCAUAGUUGACACACUUCCUAAUGGAUUCAUUUCUUGAGCCUGUAAAGCAAGUGUCUGAAUGUAUUUUCACCUUUAUCAUGUUUGUGUAAGGUAAGAGGUUUCCUAGCUUGAAAUUAUCCACAUUUUGCUAUCAUCUUUUUUUUUCUUCAUUGCAUUUACUUGAUCUGUAAAUUUGUUCAAAGAGUGAAUAAAUAUGAUUGAAUGUUU